AUGGCGAACACACUUUUCUUUGUUUCCCUUUCUCUCACUAUCGUUAGUGCUUUUUCAUUCCUUCCAUUCCUCGCGCAUGCGAUCUCUUCUUGCAAUGGCGCAUGUCGUACCCUUAAUGAUUGUGCUGGCCAACUCAUUUGCAUCAAUGGCAAGUGCAACGAUGACCCUGAUGUCGGGACUCAUCUAUGCUCUGGAGGUAGUGGCCAGCCCAGCAAGGGGACUUGCCAGCCCUCAGGCAACCUCGUGUGUGGAGGCAAAUCCCACGUUCAGUACAAGUGCUCGCCUCCAGUGACAUCCUCCACCCGUGCCCGGCUCAAACUUAACGAUUUCAGCGAAGGCGGUGACGGCGGGGGGGCAUCAGAGUGCGACGGCUGA